AUCACAUGUAUGAGUUGUCAGGAAGAAGAUACAAUAAAGGCUUUUAGGCCAGAGCUGAGCAGGCGAGCCAUGGGCGAUGAAUGAUGCCGCUGCGAGAGCGAAGUGUCCACAGGUGACUUACCUGCGCGAACCGGUCGCGUGCCAGAGCUCAAAGUCAUGCAGAAUAAAGUCCUCGUGUCCAGAGCAGUGCGCAAAGAAGCAGGACACGGAUCCGGAAUGGAAGAGUAGCUGAUACAUACACCUGAUCCGUGCAUGCCAUGGGGAACUGCUGGGCUCAAUGUUUUGGGCUCUUUAGAAGGGAAGCAAACAGGAUACAAAGAGGAGGAGGAUCAAAGUACUUCAGAAGCAGCACAGCUGGGGAACACUAUACCAUUGAGUUUGAAAACCUCGUGGAGAGCGAUGAGGGUGAGAGUUCACAAAGUUGCCCCAGACCCGUGAGUGAAGAGGAGAUUGAUCACUUGAAGGAGCAUCGCUACGCUGCCAUCUCAGACAAACAGGCGCUGAUCGAUGAAAAGCUGAAAGCAGAGUUAGUGGCAGAAGAGGAGAAGUUAAGGCUAGAAGAGGAAGCUGUUUUUGCAGCCCAGCGCGAGGCAGCGCGGCUCGCUAAGGAACAAAAGCUAAAGGAGGGAAAGCAGCCGCUGCAGAGGACCAAACCCAGAUCAGAACCAGAGAGCAAUGACCCUCGGCACAAACCCAAAGCUUCAGAUGCAGAGUUUGAGGUCUACCUGCAGAGUGUGAAGGCUCAGUCUGAAGCGUUUCGCAGUAACAGACUCAGCUCUGAGACUAAUGUGGUGACCCCGAACACAGAGAGCAGCUGGGACUUCACCAGUAAGACUGAUGCCACCUCACUGGACCUGGAGUGGGAGGAUGAGGAGGGAAUGAAUCGGAUGGGUCCUGCAUGGGAGCGUUCCAAAACAGAGGAGGACAUUUUACGUGCAGCCCUUCGUCCCGGUGGGAAACAGCUGGACAGUGGCCCCACCUCCACCUCGGAGGACUCCAACGCUCUGGAGUGGGAGAACGACUUUGUCAGCGCACAUGCAGAGGACAGCGGUGACCACGGUGAUGAAGACUUUGAGGGAUUUGUUAAUCCAGUAGUGGACACACCCACUGAAGAGGCGGAGCAAAAGGCCAGCUCUGACCAACAGCAGGAGAGAUAGUCUACAGCUAGAGACAGUGAGACUACAGCAACUUCAAAUGCCUCAUUCAGAUUCAGUGUAAUAUGACUACAGACGGUCCAGAUAACCUAAUGCAGAAAACUUAAUUCAUAACAAGGAACAGAAAUGCCUCAUAUUUUCAACUUGGUCAUGGGUUCAUGAAUGUUUGAAUGCCAUGAAAUUCUGGUCAUGAUGGU